GAUCACACAGAUCAGUGACACUUUAAUCGAGAACUCGGAUCAACGGUAUAUUUAGCCCCAGAUUUCGCCUCCGAGACAGCCUCUAGUAAGAAAGUCGAAACCCGACAAAGCUUGCAUGCAAGGUGUGUGUGUGAGCCAGUGUUUCAAGAUCCGAGUGCAAAGCAAAUUGCCCCCUGCGACAGGCAGCAGGCAGGGCCAAGCUGUCUUGGAAAUGAGCCCACUGACCUGCGCAAUUCGAAAUACUCCCAGGAACCGAGAUCGAAAUCACGGCAUCGCUAUCACCGGUCCGGAGUCACUGCCACUGAUGCGCGCAGCUUUACUUCGAACGAACGCUACGCUAUGUAAGGCUGCUUUCGAUGCUGGGUAUAUCAGCCCAAAACCGAAUGCAAUUCUUCACAGCCUGUGCCCAACAGUCACUUUGACUGCUGUCACUGCCAUUUGUCGGCGUCGUGCCAAGCAGGAGGCCGUUGUCAUUCAUUCACAGCCUGUGUGGCAAAUGCCAUACAUCGAUCUCUGCCCCUCCCACCCACAUCCCUGAGCCAUGGCCACCACCACUGCUACCACGACCACUCCCCCGACGUUCGAGGGCCCCGAGAUAGUCGAGCUGCGCUCUGUCUCCGCGAGCAAGAUCACGAGCGUGAGCCUAUACCCCUCCCGCGCCGAAGUGACGCGGGUAUUUAAGUUCGCUGUUAAAACGGGCCUGAAUCAAGUGUCUAUCGCGGGAUUGCCGAGUGUCCUGGAAGCCGAGUCGCUGCGCGUGGAAGGCCGUGGCGCGGCAACCAUACACGACGUGACAGUCUCGACCGAGAAGGGCGAACACGUGCCCACCACGUCCCCCGUGCUCGAAACACUCCUGGCCACACAGGCUCUCGCUGAAACGGCGCUCGCGCGAACCGAGAGAGCCAUCGCUUCACUCGAGACGUACCUCGGCUCGGUGACGGUCGAGCACCUCGAUGUUAGCAAGCUGGACUCCGUGAUCGCCGCCUACGAUGCGACGGGCGCGCGGCUGGACGCGAGGAAGGCUGAGUUGGGUGCGCAGUUGCUGCAGUUGGAGGGCCAGGUCCGCGAGGAACGGGACCGGAUUGCAGUCCCGCACGAAAACGAUCAGCUGAGGGUGAGAGUCGCCAUCGGCGUGUUCGCAGAUGCGGCAGGGGAUGUCGAGAUUGCGUUAGUCUACGGUGCGUGUGUUGCUCGUGCCGCGUGGCUCAUUCACGAGGUCCUCGCAGCUGUCCCGUGCGCGACUUGGUCUGCCUUCUACGAUAUCAGGGUCGAUAUGGACACUAAGGAGGAACCAAUCAGCCUCGUGUACAAGGCUGCUAUCCAGCAGAGCACCGGCGAAUCCUGGAGUGACGUACCCCUGACCCUCGAGACGUCGACCCCGACAUUCGGAGUCGGUGUUCCGGAACUGCUGCCGUGGAAUCUCGAUAUCCAGCGCUGGACGCACGCAUUUGGGGGCAGCAUGAAGAAGUCGAAAGAGUCCGGGGUCCGACUCGAGUCGCAACGUCGCCGGCGCUCAGUAAUACAUGAGGAGGACGAGGAAUCAGAUGCCCUAACUUCUGGAUAUGGGGAAGCACCCGGCGCAGCGCCGUUGAUGGCGUACGCCGGUGCCUCUGUCACCUCACGAGGCAACGUCAGCGCUACUUUCCGGGUACCGGGAAUGGUGACGAUCCCGAGUGACGGAGAAGUCCACAACUUCACCAUCGUCGAGCUGUCGCUCAAGGCGGCGAUGUCCUGGGUCUGCGUCCCCAAGAUGGGCGCCAAAGCACAUAUCUUGGCCAAGAUCACGAAUGAGUCGGAAUACACCCUGCUGGCGGGGACGGCGAGUGUCUAUGUCGAUGGAAGUUUUAUCUCGCGGUCAGAGAUCCCGGCUGUCAGCCCGAAAGAGAGCUUUGAUUGUCCAUUAGGUGUCGACCCGUCCAUCCGAAUCACCUAUCAUCCCGUGUUGAAGAAACAGUCGCAGUCCGGUUUCUACACGAAGAGUGCUACGCACGCUUUCACGCAACGCAUCACGGUGUUCAACACCAAGAGCAUCGCCGUGGAGAGGCUCAAGAUCAUCGAUCAGAUCCCCACGUCGCAGAACAGCCAGAUCGAAGUGAAGCUGCUCAGUCCCGCGUUGCUGCUGCCUGCGGAACUCGCCGCAGCUGACAAGGGCAACGGUGGACUCGGCAGUCUGACGCUCAAGAAGUCGCCGCAACCGGCGAGCGGGACGGUGCCGCAGACGAUUACUGUCGCGCGCGGUGUCAUUGCUCAGUGGGACGGGGUUGGAGAGCCGGACUGCGACGUCCAGACACUGGGACUGGAUCGGAAAGUCAACUGGAUCUGUUCGGUGCCGUCGCAAGGAAAGCUGAAUCUGACCUUGGACUGGGAGGUCACCGUCUCGCCCGCUAAUCUCGUCGUGGUCGGAAUCUAAGCUAGUGACAGGUUACCCAGUUGGCUAGCAGGCUUACUUGUUCGUUUGUUGAUACUAGUUCUUGUGCUAAGACAUCACGUCGAGCUAGCAAAGUGCCUGGCAUACUUCCGUCGGUACCUUGCAAAGUUGCAAGCCGGUCAAUGGCGAAUGAAACCAAUCUGCGCACUUCUCCUCUUGGGUUGUUCGGCAAUUUCUCGCCUGGCACUUGUUUACAGGCGGAAUUGCCUUGAGUACGGCGCUCUCGAAGAUAGAUGGGUCUAGGGAUUAAAGGGCAGUCAUGUGCUCACACGAGUCUUGAGUACUUUGCGCUCCCUAGCUUAUCCCCAUCUUGUGCAUUAAGUGCGCCAAGAUUCUGUAUGACCUCCGAAUGACUUUCAGCAAAUCCUUCUAAGUGACUCAUGUCAAUGCAGCGCGUCCCCGCUGAGGAUAUCUGUGAAGGUUGCUUGGCCGUUGGAUGAUUUUCUGAUGACCUUGUAUGGUCCUUGUCUCUCAGCUCAUUCCCCUUCAUCGAGGCUCACGCAACUGCGGAACGAAAGUGAGCUUUGUCAUGGUGGUCUCGAGCGGACUAUGCUGUCCUGUGGCCUAUCCGGCCCCAGAUGUUC